AGACAGGAUGCGAUCACGCCUCUCGAUCUAUCGAAUAGAUGAAGGCGUUACUUGCAAAAAUGCUUAGUGAGAGAAUCUUUGCGACCACGGUACUACACGAGACUCUGAUUUACCGUUUUUUUUGUCCGCUCCAAAGAUCCUCCUUGCGCUUUCGCGCGACUGCGUUUCUUGUCGGGGUUCUUCUGGUACUCGGGAGUGCAGUUGUCUCCUCAGCAGCAGCAGCAGAAGAAUCAUCGUCUCCCGAUGAGUAUUCCUACAGCAGCACGACUAGCAGCAAGCUCGCAGCUGCCUAUCACGACAGCCAUGGCUUCUUCACGGACAUCCCAGAUGCCGUCUGGCAAAGACGGAAACAGAAGCAUCGAAAAGUCGUCCUUGAGCAGCACAACCGGGGCGAGAUUCCGGAGCGGCCGCAGGCAUGGUACCAGAGAAACUACGACCCGACACUUACUUGCCCGGACCAGGAGAAAAUCGGUGGGGCAAAGGACGGCGGGAAGUGGGUGUGCGACCCGCAUAGGAUAGGAACUUCUACUGGUGAAGAUGAAACUACAAACGCGGCCGCGCAUUCGUUUCAACCACCAGCACGUGCUCGUCCAAAUAACAGCUCUUGUUUGAUCUACAGCAUCGGGAGUAACUUUGACUUUGGGUUCGAAUUAUCCGCCCUCGCGGGAAUUUCGGGAAAGUGCGAAAUCCACGUUUUCGAUCCGUUGUUUGCUGAUUUGGAGAAAGCAAAACGGGAAUGGACACGGCAGCUGACGCAAAAGAGAAGAGACGACAGGGAAUUUUUUCUGUCGACACGGAACAAGCAGCUCGAUUUGCAAAAUGUGCAAGUGUAUUUUCACAACUUCGGACUGCAGGCUUCGCAGGAAGCGAGUGUAUCGCACCUGCUCCUCCCCUGGAACCCACCGGAAGAAAGCGUUUUGGUAGAAGCGACGGCUGCGGCAACAAGACGGCGACAGGAGAAAAACAUUGCUCCCAAAGGCGUAGUGAAGGUGAUGAAGUCGCUGUUCGAAAUGCGAAGUUUUUUAGGGCAUACCAACCGGACGAUCGACGUUUUCAAAAUGGACUGCGAAGGGUGUGAGUGGGAAGUAUUUGCGGAAAUCUUUGCUAUUGACGAAAAGGUAGAGGCAGCAACAGAAGCGGGGAAGGGGGAUUUAAUUGUUGCAGCAAGAACGCCGGCGAUUCGGCAGGUUCUGAUCGAGCUCCACGAGGGAACCAAUCUGCACUACAACAGCAGCAGUCGGAAUCCGCACACACUAGCUCGAGGGUGCGGCCCGAUACCGCAGGCAGAGCGGCUCUUUCGUACUGCCCGCAAGCACGGGUGGGUGUUGUUUGCGAAAGAGGCGAACAUUCAGGGAACCGAUGGUCGGUGCGUGGAAGUAAGUUUUCUGAAAAUGGAACGAACUUUUUUCGGUUUGGAGGAUUGAGUUGCUGAUACAAUUGCAGGGUUGUGACGGAAAGCAAAGCUGUAUUGUAAGGCGUCUUUGUGGUCCUGGUCAAACAGAGGAGGACACCAAAAGACAGUGUUAUAUAAAAUAGUGUUGUUGUUUUCACAUUCAUAAGGAGAGGUGGUCUACUCACGACUCGGGGAGAUGAUUUAGAUCCCGAAUCUAUCACACUGACAUAGAAAUUUUUCUCUUUGGAAAAGAUAUCAAACCAAGAGUAGUGCAGAAUAUCAUUUGACGGAUAGUACAACGU